GCACUUUUUCAUCAACAGCCGACGGCCUUUCCUCCGUACAGUCGACCCUUCUCAAAAAAAGGUCCGUCCCCUCGUGCUACGACGAGCCCUCUCGGUUCUCUUCCUCUCCUUCAUACUCCUCCCACGCCUCUUCGUCGCUGGUCCUCAUGGGUAGCGGUUCUUCAAAGCCCGUUAAGAAUACAAGCGGAAAUAGCCGUCGGUCGUUACACACCGCUUCCUCUCAAUCGACCACAGCAACAUCGAAGAGACGGUCUAUAGUUCCUCCCCGCCUGAAAAAUGGGGAGCGCGAGGCUUUCACUGCUGCAAUUGACCAGGGAACUACGAGUUCACGUUUUCUGAUCUUCGACGGAUCCGGUACUCCCCGGGCUGGUCACCAAGUCGAAUUUGAACAGUUAUAUCCGCACUCGGGAUGGGUUGAGCAUGAUCCAUAUGAAAUCUUAAAUUCUGUGAAUGAGUGCAUAGAAAACGCCACUAAAAUGUUUUUCGACCAAGGUUAUGGGGUGGGUGAUAUCAAAGCAUUGGGAAUCACAAAUCAGCGUGAAACAACUGUGGUAUGGGAUACCGAAACAGGAAAGCCGCUCUACAAUGCCAUCGUAUGGCCGGAUACCCGAACCUCAAAAUUAGUUCACGAAUUGCGCAGAAAAGGAGGUUCAGAGAAGCUCCAGCAACUCUGUGGCUUGCCGCUAUCCACAUAUCCAUCGAGUGUUAAGCUAAUGUGGAUGUUGCGACACGUUCCGGCUGUCCAAUCUGCGCUCAAAAAGGAUCGGCUUUCGUUCGGGACGGUUGAUACCUGGUUAUUAUACAACCUUACCGGCGGCGUAAAGAAUGGACUUCAUGUUACCGAUCCAACUAAUGCAUCUAGGACUAUGUUUUGUAACAUCAACACAUUGGAAUACGAUGACUUUCUAAUCGAUUGGUUUGGGGUAAGGGGAGUGAAACUACCAAAGAUCGUCCCAUCCUCAGACCCCGAUGCAUAUGGCAGCAUUAGUGAUGGUGCUCUCGCUGGAACAAAAAUUGCUGGCUGCCUCGGAGACCAGAGCGCUGCCUUGGUCGGGCAAUGUGCUUUCACUCCCGGAAUGGCGAAGAAUACUUAUGGAACUGGUUGUUUCCUCCUCUAUAACACCGGCUAUGAGCCGGUCUUGUCGGAGAACGGCCUUCUAACCACGGUGGCCUAUGCCUUCAAGGGCUUCAAGCCGGUAUAUGCCUUAGAAGGAUCUAUCGCUGUUGCUGGCUCGGCCGUCAAGUUUCUGCGAGAUAACCUCGGGCUCAUAAAAGAAUCCGGCGAAAUAGGCGAACUUGCUGCCAAAGUACCUGACACAGGCGGCGUCGUUUUCGUGACGGCUUUCUCUGGCCUUUUUGCCCCGUACUGGAUUGAUGAUGCCCAGGGUACCAUAUUCGGUAUCACACAAUAUACAACCAAGGAACAUAUUGCAAGAGCAACCAUCGAGGCAACAUGCUAUCAGACAAAGGCCAUCUUGACCGCAAUGGAGAAAGAUAGUGGAACGGCGUUGCAUGCGCUUGCCGUUGAUGGGGGUAUGAGCAAUUCCGAUGUUUGUAUGCAGCUCCAGGCCGACAUUAUGGGUAUCGAUGUUGACCGGCCCAAAAUGCGAGAAACAACGGCACUUGGGGCAGCGAUAGCGGCAGGGUUCGCAGUGAACAUGUGGAAAGGGUUUGAUGAACUCAAAAGCGUCAACCGUGACGACCGCAAGACGUUUAGUCCUAAAACCGACGAGGGCACUAGGGAAAAGUGGUUUAACCUUUGGGGCAAAGCCGUUGAGAGAUCCCGGGGGUGGGUGGACAACGACGCUGCGGAUGAGGACCUCGAGUAG